AUGCCCCUCAACGACGACGCCCAAGAAAAAGCCCAGCGCUCCCACGGCCGCAAAGCCCUCCACGAAGCCCACGUCAACCAGCUCCGUCAAGCCGCCACCGAAGGCGCCGCCCGCGCAACCACCCCCCGCCGCCAGUCCCUCGCCCUCGUCGACCUCGACGGCGUAGACUCGCCCGACAACUCCCAAUCCAACCCCCGCACUCCCAACAACAACCGCCGCCGCCGGCACAGCGGCAGGGAAAACUUCCUCGACGACGAAAACGACGUCGUGAUCGGCGGCAAGGCCGUCACGCCCAUGAAGCGGGUGCCCAUCCUGGCCAACUUUGAGGAGUGGAUGAAGAUGGCGACCGACAACAAGAUCAACGCGGCCAACUCGUGGAACUUUGCUUUGAUCGACUACUUUCACGACCUGAGCUUGCUGAAGGAGGGGGAUGGGGUCAAUUUCCCAAAAGGCGAGCUGCACGCUGGACGGAGGAAGAAGGGGGAGGAGGAGGUGGAUGAGGAGGAGGAUGAGGUGGAUGAGGAUGGGAAUGUGAGGAAGAAGGCCAAGAAGAAGACGCAGCGGUCGUCUGAGGCGACGCUGGCGCCGUCGUUUGCUUCGUUGCAGUUGAAGAAGUUUGAGCUGGAGUUUGCGGUGGAUCCGCUUUUCAAGAAGGCGUCGGCGGAUUUUGAUGAGGGGGGUGCGAAGGGGUUGUUGUUGAAUCAUUUGAUGAUUGAUUCGCAGGGGAGGAUUGUGUUUGAUAGUAGUGACGAUGCGAAUGAUGCGUCGACUUCGAGGACGAGGAAGAAGAAGGCGGAGGAGGGAGGGGUGGAAGGGGAAGAUGACGAGGGUAUGGAUGGGUCGAUGCAGGAUCAGGAAGACACGGAAAUGCCCGAGGAGGAGGAGGACGAGGGGGAUAUUGAGAUUGAUGUUGUCGGGCUUGGGCAGAGGUUCUUCCCGGACCUGAGCCGGUUGGAUGAGAUGGAUGUGUGUCCUUCGCUCAAGGAGUUUGAUCUUGGCGAUCCUUCUGGUUCGCUUGACAUUCCCUUCCUUAGAGCGCCGGAGGAUUGGCGAGACCAGGAGAAGGAGAAGACCCCCGGGGCUGGCAACAAGUCUGAGAUGUACAUCGACGACGAGAACCCCCUCGGCUUUGACGACUUUGACGGCCUCGGCACCUUCGAUCUCGGCGGCGAUGUAGCCUUCGGCGAGGGCGGUGAAGCCUGGGCUCGUGAAGCUGCUCUCGAACCCCAAAUGAUGCGUGUCUUUGACGCCGGCCUCGGUUUGGGCAACGACGGCGGGGAAGCAGAAGGUGAAGGCGACGCGGUCGACCUCAUGGACACGGCCAACCCAGACUACGUCAUCUCCAUGACCCACGCCCAAAAAGCCGACAAGGUCCACGAGGACAUCCUCAGCUACUUUGACCAAGCCCUCCAAAAGAACUGGUCCAACGCCGAGCACUGGCGCAUCCGCAAGAUCAAGGACAACAACAAGACCACCGAACCUGCCAAGCAGCGCAAGGAGAAGCAGCCUUUUGAAAUCGACUUUGCCUCGCCCUUGGACCCCGCCAUCGCAGACGCGAUUUACACCUCUGCGACGUCAAACACAACCAUUUCCAUGGCGAAGAAGGACUGGAAGUCAAAGACGCGGAACCUGCUGCCGGACGACAAGCACUUCAACAGCAAGCAGCUCCUGUCCUUGUUCCUCAAGCCCAAGGCCCGCCUCCACAGCAGGAAGAAGCUCACCUCGGGCCAUCACGACGCCGUGUCCGCCCGCCGAGCGGAAGCCUUGGACAGCAACGGGCCGGUGGAGCUUAACGAGGCGUUUUGGGCUUCGCAAAAGGCGCCGGAGAGCAACCCGCUCUCGGAUGAUUUACCGCAGGGAGACUACGAUGCGAACUUCUUCCAGGAUGACGGGCUGCCUUUUGCGGGUGGGGAUGCGGAUGAUGACGACAUGGAUGAUGAGUUUGCGGAUGCGAGGGAGCACUUCUCUCCGGACUUGCCGUUGGGGAAUCAGGGGGGCAUGACGGAGGUGGGCAUGACGGGGGCGUUUGGGGGGAUGACGGUGACGAACCCGGCGGAUCUGGCGUUUGGGACGAUGCUGGUCACGCAGUCGAGGAGGGUGAGGCCCGAGUAUGUCCAGUAUGCGAGGGUGGCGAAGAAGGUGGAUGUGAGGAGGUUGAAGGAGGAGAUUUGGAAGGGGAUGGGGUUGGAGAAGUUGGAGGAGGCACCACCCCCUGCCCCUACACCUGAGAGCCCCACGCCGGAGGAUCCAGAGUUGAAGUUCACCGAUGUGAUGAACGGGCUGCAGAGGGUGUACCCCAAGCCGGUGAUGGAUGACAUCUCGACGAGUUACUGCUUUAUCUGUCUGUUGCAUUUGGCGAACGAGAAGGGGUUGGUGAUUAGCAAGACGGAGGGGCUGGAGGAGUUGACGAUUAGGAAGGACUGGGGGGCGGAGAUUUCGAUUGGCGGGGAGUAG